AUGUCAAACGCUCAAAAUAUCCCGUUGGUCCGCAAGGCCAUAGUAGGAUCAGCUUUAGCGCACGCUACCCCUUCGACUCACCCUAAUCCGGUUGUGUUUAAAGAGGAACGAGAAAGCCAAUGGACGCCGGCUGCUCUGGAACGAGCUGGAUCUACAUUGAAAGCUUUGAAUCGUAUGGCAAAGCGUCCACCCGUGAAUAUAAUGUUCGAGGAUAUCAGUUACACUGUUAAUUCACAUAAAGGUGAACGAAACAUUCUCCACAAUGUUUCUGGGGAGCUCCGCUCUGGUGAACUAACCUGCAUCUUAGGACACUCUGGAGCUGGGAAGUCUACACUACUAAACAUAUUAGCUGGAUAUAAUUCCAACGGUGUGACCGGACGCAUCACAGUGAAUGGUCAUUUACGCGACAUGUGUUUGUUCAAGAAACUAAGCACGUACAUCAUGCAGGAUGAUCUGCUUCAGCCCAGGCUGUCGGUGCAAGAGUCCAUGGUCAUCGCUGCUGAUCUAAAACUUGGGAAGGAGUUAGGAAAAGCUGAGAAAUUACUGAUUGUAGAAGAGAUUCUUCAAACCCUUGGCCUCUGGGAUCACAGGAAUACCAUGUCUGAGCGGUUGUCCGGCGGUCAGUUAAAGCGACUGUCAGUUGCUUUGGAGCUGGUCAAUAACCCGCCAGUUAUCUUUUUAGACGAGCCUACCACGGGUCUGGAUAUAGUGGCUAUUCGCCAUCUGGUAGUGCUCCUCCGUCUCCUCUCCCGCCAAGGCAGAAAUAUAGUCUGCACUAUACAUCAACCUUCAGCGUCGCUGUUCGCCCUCUUUGAUAAGAUCUUCGUGUUGGCAAGAGGGAUGUGUUGUUAUCAGGGGGUGCCACAGCUACUUGUACCAUUUAUGGCUGAAGCUGGCUACGUUUGUCCUACCACACAUAACCCAGCGGACUUUAUCCUCGAGACUCUCGUGAUUGACGCCGAGUCUACGGCUCAACUCUCCGAGCUGUGCAUGAACGGAAAGCUGUGUAGAAGCCUUGAUAGAAUAACCGCUAGAGGUGGCAAAAAACCAAUUUUACAUUCGGAUGAAUCUGUACAACGGAUUUUCGUGGAACAUAUGUCUAAAGAAAAGAUCAAGAUGGAAUACGCCACUAGUUUCUGGACGCAGUUCUGCAUUCUUAGUAAGCGUAUGUUCGUACAGACUACGAGGAAUACGACAGCUCUGUGGAUUCAAUUGGCGCACCACAUCCUAUCAGGAUUAAUAAUCGGCAGUAUAUUCUUUAAAGUCGGCAACAAUGCUGGAAUGCCUAUCGUCAACUUCAAGUUCUGCCUCACCUGUUUAGUAUUCUUCGUAUAUACACAUACAAUGGUGCCUGUCUUACUAUUUCCACUGCAAGUUAGAUUACUUCGUCGAGAGUAUUUCAAUCGCUGGUAUAGUCUGAAACCCUAUUACGCUGCAUUAACAUUCUCUACUCUUCCUACGAUGUUCUUCUUCGGCAUGGUAUUCUUGGCUACUACGUACCUGAUGUCAGGGCAACUCUUGGAAUGGGACAGGUUUGUGUUAUUCUCCAUCGCCGGCAUAGUCAUCUCUAUCUGUUCUGAAGGGUUCGGACUAGCUAUCGGCUCGGCAGUUAGUGCAACUAAUGGCUCCAUACUAGCCCCAGCUCUAGCCGCACCUCUCCUUGCCCUGGCAAGCUACGGCCUGGGUUUCGGUUCUUAUAUAGAAAGUUCUAUGAAACUGUUGAUGUCACUCUCUUUCCUUCGAUACGGAGUAACUAGCUUCUCUCUUGCACUGUAUCAACACCGCAAUUAUUUGGACUGUCCAGAUCCGUUUUGCUUGUAUAAUGACCCGAGAAUAAUAUUAAGGGAUUUAGGAAUGCAAGAACAUGAUUACAGCAUGCAAAUUCUUGCACUUCUAGGAUUCGCUGUACUACAUAGAUUGUUAGGGUAUCUAGCUUUAAAAUAUCGCCUGACAGUAGAGUUCUCAAGUAGAUUCAUGAAUUAUGUCGGUAAAGUUUUAAAGCAUAGAUAA